AUGAACUUCCCACUUAGUUUCUUUUUGUCUGGGUACACUCCUUUCAUUGCAGAGCACCUUGUUUCAGGUAAUAAUCUCGGUUUUUCCAUUCAUCAUGAGGGCCAACAAAUCUCAAGCCAUUCCCAGCAUUUGAUGUCUGCUUUACAUAAUCCAGACGUGGUGGAUCUUAAAAUAGAGAAGGAAGUUUUAGCCAGCCAUCUGUCGGGCCCGUCUGAGAUGCCUUCUUUAUCUCCAUUCAGGGUGUCACCACCGGGUGUCAUCCCAAAGAAGAUACCCAGUGAGUUAAAACUCAUACACCACUUGUCUUAUCCUAAGGGUUCCUCGGUCAAUGAUGGUAUUUCUCCCGAAUUUUGUAGUGUCCGCUAUUCAACUAUCGCAGAUGCCAUUAGGCAUAUCAGAGCAGUUGGCACAGGGUGUUUUUUUUUUAGUAGAACAGACAUCAAAAAUGCCUUCAGAAUUAUUCCUGUUCACCCUACUGGUUAUAAUUUGCUGGGUAUGAAAUUGCGUGAUCAAUAUUACUUUGAUAAAUGCAUGCCCAUGGGCUGUUCCAGUUCGUGUCACACUUUUGAGUUAUUCAGCUCUACUUUGGAAUGUAUGGCCCAGAUCAAGUUGCACAACAAUCAUAUUAUUCACCUUCUUGAUGAUUUAUUGAUAAUUACUGCCUCUCAUGACAUAUGCCAGUGACAGCUUAAUCUAUUUGUAGAUCUGUGUGGUCACCUUGGCAUUCGCAUAGCACCAGAAAAAACUUGUGGUCCAGCCACUAUCUUGUCAUUUGCAGGAACCGCAUUAGAUACUAUUGAGUUAGAAGCUCGCUUGCCUGCAGAAAACAUUUUGAAGUACAGAGACCUCAUUUCUGACUUCCUUAAGACAAAAAAGGUGACAUUAAAGGAAGUCCAAUCAUUAACCGGUCAUCUCAAUUUUGCAUGUUGUGUUAUUCUGCCAGGCAGAGCCUUU